AUGUAAACUAAAAACCUUUACCAAAAACCAUUAAAAUUGCUAAAAGAAACAUAAGAAGUUAAGUGUAAAAAUAAAAAAAAAAGCAAUAAAUAGAAUAUCAAUGGCAGAAGAAUCUGCAACGCGUGUGUUUAAUUUUAAAGACGACAAGCCUCAGCCUGAUCCAAUAUUUGACUAUUCUGAUAGUCUGCAUGGUGUACCACUUAUUAUCGAUAAUGGUAAACAAAGAUCUAUUUUAAACGAAUCAAUUAAAAAUAUCACUUUUUUUUUAAACGCUGGUAAACAAACAUGACUUUUACAUAAUUAAUAUCUUCGUAAAUAGUAAUAGCAAUAGAGUAAAAUGUAUUUAAGAAAGUUUAUAUGGUCGAAUUUUAAAUUUAUAAAAAGUUUUCUGGAGCCUUUCAUUAAAUUUAAAAAUGAUGCCAGUUACUCCAGUUACUGUUACUCUGACUAAUAAUUUAACUUCAUGGAUGAUAUUUUAUUUGAGUAAUUUUUAUUUAUAAUUACAUGCGUUCAAUUUUAUACAUAAAAAAAAGACUACUUACCAUUUUAGAAAUAUAAUAAUUGAUUUAAAAUUCAACACAAGCAUAAUAAAAUUAGUUAAAAUUCAAUAAACAUGUUAUUUUUUCGUUUUUUCCUGUAUAAAUAAUGAUUUUCCCAAUUUUUCUGUUCACUUUUUUCUGAACAUACCCAUAAAUAAAUAUAUAAAAAAAUAAAAGUCUUGAUGUUAUAUAAAAGUUUUGUUGUUAAUUGUGCUGUAUAUUGCAUUGAGAAUGUCUCCUUAAAAUUUGGUAGCAUUAUCUUUUAAAAUCCCAAAUAAGGCAGAAAUUUGGAAAGUGGGUCACACGUUUUUUCAUUUAAAUACUAAGAUAAAGAAGAGGGUUUUAAAAAAUCACCAAAAAAAAUCAUAACUCCACUUCUAUGAAAGAUAGAAAGGUGAAAUUGGUAUUGUUGUAAAGCUUAUAUCUAGCCCUUUAAAAUGAUGUAGGCCUAUCAUUCAUGACAAGCGGACAAUAUUUAAAUUGUGUGUCAAAGUACCUACAUUAUUAUUUUAUAAUUUAAUAAUAAGAUGUCAGAUGUCACGCGCAGAAAUGUUUUUGUUUUUUUUAAACACUUAUCACUUAUAUGACAGUUCAGUAGAUCACGUAUAUGACAGUUCAGUAGUUUAACUUUAACCUAUACUAUACUCUAUACUCGAUAAAUUAUAAUUAUAAUGGUCUAUAAAUUGACAUUAAUGGAUGCAGAAUUUGUGUACAAAUGUUUUUACUCAUUCUGCCCCCUUACUCACCCAUAUGCAGAAUUUUCUAGCCACCUAAGUCUUAAAUUGUACAACUUAUUUAUUUACUUGAUGUUACCUAUUGACAAGAAUAUUUAGACCUGUUUUAAAAUUUACAUGACUAAAAAAAGAAUCUUAAAAAUCAUCUCUCUUUCUACCAGGUACUUAUCAAUGCCGUGCUGGGUGGGCUUCUUCAGAAACACCUAACCUCAUAUUCAAAAAUAUUACAGCUAAGCAAAAAGGAAAAAAGAACCAAAAUGUGUGUAUUUAUUUUAUCUGAAAAUCAUGACAUUUAAUUUCAGUUUUUUUUCAUAAUUUCGUCAUGUUUAUUUAUUUUAUUUUAUAAUGUCUAAUCACUGUAUUGGAAAAAUUAUUUAAAAAAUGUAACAUCUUUUCAGGAAACUGAAACUCUUAUCGGCAAUGAUAUUUCCAAUAUGGAAGUGGUUAAGUGGAUUCUACGCUCUCAGUUUGAUCGAAACAUUGUUACCCUUUUUGAUAUUCAGGUAAAAGAAAAUAUACAUUAACAAGUACAAAUAUUCUAAGUUAUAAAUUUAUUUUUAAACUCUUUCUGAGAUUUAUAAUUAUUGGAUGUGAAUAUUUGAAUUCUAUUUAACCAUCUUCAAACUCCAAUUUUGAUGAAUUACCGGUAAUAAUAAAGUAUGAUUCGCAUCAAUUCAUGUUAUAAGAUGAUGAUAUUUUUAUAUAAAUAUUUACCAUUAACCAAUUAACAAUUUUACACUGAUAUUAAUAAUGUUAAUUGAAACUUACAUUAAUGUUAUAUUUUUUAUUGACAAAAAGUAACAAACAAUUUUAACUAACAUCAUUUCAUAUUCUGUCCCACAGAUUUAUCAUAAUCUGCUGGAAAGAUUAAUCACUACUAGGUUAGGUUCUGAGACAUUAGGCUUUACAGUCAAAUUAUGAUUCUAUUACUGUGCUUCUUUGCUAAUAAAUUUAAAUAACAUAACUGUUUUUAUUUAUUUAGGAACAAGUUUUUGAUUAUCUUUUCUCACAUCUUGGGAUUACAACAGAGGGAUGUGUGGAUCACCCAAUUGUGCUUACAGAGGCAGUAUGUAAUCCUAACUACACUAGACAGUGUAAGCACAUGAAAGACCUUUUAUGAUCAGCCAUUGACGCAAGAUUACAAACACUACUUUAGGCCAAUUUUCUGGCAUUUUAAUUUCAUUUAAAUUAUUUUAAAAUAUUUGUUUGAAUUUAAUUCAUUUACUAUCAACAUAUCUAGAGUUAUGCACAAGAUAAAUAAUGGUUAUCUGAUUUUUUUCUGAUUGAAUGGAAUUUUGUUAACAAUUGGGGAUUUUGUCCAGCUCAUUUAGUGCAUUACCUAAAAUAUAUAUGUCAUCAUUUAAUAUAUCUGUAAAAAUAGUUCAUUUUUAUGUCAUAUACUAUAAAUCUUGAUAGUUGGCCAUUACCUCUCACCUAAAGCAAUCUAUACAGUAGUUCACAAUUUGUGAGACUUGCUUUAAUUCUAAUUCCUAGUAUUAGGUUGGUGAUAAAUUGCCGGAAACUAAAGAAAAUAGUUAGGAAUUUAAUAAAAUUUAAGUAAAAUUAAAAUCAUUUGAUUGAAAUAAAUUAAAUCAAUCUCUUUCUCCCAGUGAUGUCUGAGCUAUUGUUUGAAUGCUACCAUGUGCCUCAAAUUGCCUAUGGUGUAGAUUCCCUGUUUAGUCUUUUUUACAACCAUCCAGCACCAGGUAAGCCAAAGUCAAUAAAGAUUUCAAAAGAAUUUAGGCAUAUCCAAAUGUAAUUUACUCUAAGCUAAGAAACAAACUUUUAUUUUUGUCAUCAAGAAAAUAAGAUAAGAAUAAGUAGAAUCUUCUAUUAAUUUCAAUAAAUGGAAAUCUGUUUUGAUAGUAUUGAACAUAUUGUUUUCAGUCUUGAAAAUCUUUGAGUUUUUGUUGUUCCCCAAAAUUGUUCCUUAGCAAAACCUUCAUUGUGUGGUCAGAAUAGCUGUUAGGUUCACGAGUGUAUGUUGGAACUUGGAUCAGAUUCUGGACUUUUCGCUCAAAAAGAGUUUCCAGCUAAUGUGUAUAAUCAUAAUUUCUGUAGCCCACUUUGGUCUUUGGUUUGUUGCUUUGAUCCCAUCAUCCUAUAAGAUGGGGGAUAAUAUUGCAGAUCCUUUGAUUCCAGGAUAGUGGAUGUGAAUUAGGUGAACACUAUGAAUUCCAAAAAAACAUUUUACCUGCUGUUACUCAUGAUAAAAUACAAGAUUAUCAGUCCAAAGGGACAUUUUACUCAUUUAAAUUUAAAACCCCUGGAUUUGAAAUAAAACAUAAAAAAUCAUAACUCCACUUCUAUAAAAGAUAGAAAUGUGAAAAAAUAAGCACGGUUGCAGUCGAGUCGCCUAAGAUUGUUCCUAAAGUAUAGAAGCAUUGUCAGCAAAUUAAGGCACCAGCCAUGCAAUAAUAACAAAUUUAAGUUGUCUUAUUUCUGAGAUCAGGCAAUCUUUAGUAAAACUAUGAUGUUGAUGAAAAAUGUUCAGUAUAGUUGGAUAUUUUUAUAAUUUUACUCAAAUCAAGUUAAACAAUAUUGUUAUAAUGAUAAUAGUGUCAGUUCUAUCAUAAAUUCUAUUCCUAGAGACUGCUGAUGCUCUUAUAGUGGACUGUGGCUAUCAGGCCACCCACAUUAUUCCUGUUUUGGAUGGUAGAAUCUACCCAGAGCAGUGCCGUAGAAUAAACAUCGGCGGUGGCUACAUUGAUUGGUUCCUACAGCGGUUGUUACAAUUAAAAUAUCCUGGUCACUUGAAUGCUAUCACCAUCAACAGAGUGGAGGUUCGAGAUAAAAAACAUGAUAUUACAUACAUAAAUAAAAGCAUCAUUUAAAAAUUUUUUUUUUAGAGUUAACUGAAUGUCAUUUAUUAUUGAAUUUCAUAUCAGAAAGUGUUUGUAAUGCUUUAUCUUAAUCUCUCUACCAUUUCUAUAGAAACAUUAUUAUCUUGUACAGUUUUUCAAAAAUUAAAUAAUUCAUUGUUUGAAGAUGUAACACGCUUGUUUGCUUUAUAAAUGAUUUUUUUGUGUAUGUAUUUUUUUAAGGUUAUAAUUUUAUAUGGGGCACUCUGAUGCAUUUGUAGAAGUUAAAACCUAUUCAAUUUUACUGAAUUUAGGAGAUGAUCAAAGACCACUGUUACCUGGCCACAGACUUUCUCUCUGAGCUUGCCAAAUGGGAUGACAAUGAUUAUUUUGACAGCAAUGUUAGGAAAAUGCAGCUCCCUCUUGCACAGGUAAUGAAAAGGAGCCAUGAUUAUGAUAAAUUUCAUUUAUACUAUGUUAUGAUUCCUGAAGAAUGAAGUAUAUCUAUGACAUAAUUAUUAACUUUUCUUUCUCAAUGUGUUUUAACCAAGUCCAGGAAUAUGAUUUAUCUAUAUAUUAAUUGAAAAAUUCGGUAAUUUUUUUUAAAGGAAAUAUGUAAAACCUUAAAAAAGGAUGCAACAAAACAACGAACUUGUCAGCAAGAUGCCUUCUUCAACGGUACAAACAAAGAGUAACAAAAAUAUAAAAAUUGAAAGUUACCUGAAAUGUUGUAUUCGGGUUGUACCCUUAUGCCUAGUCACAUUAUGUCAAAAUCCCACCGUAAACAAAUCACAUGAAAGGUAACUCUACUAAUUAAAGAGUUACAAAAGGCCUACAUAUAAACAGGAAGUUUCAAGCACUUGUUUUGUUGGGGUUUGGUGGCUGUGCGUUUAAUUUAAUGUCAUUUCCUUUUUAUUAAAAAAAUGUAGUGCUUUGUUGACAGUAUAUCUAAGCUAAAUGGUGUUUAUUGAAGAUUGCUUCAAACUGCAAGUACAUCCAUUGGCUGUUAGUGUCGACAGUAAUGAAUUGGAUGCAGAAAUAGAUGCAGAAGUAGAUAAUGGAAAUAAAAGUAAUCUUGAUAUUGAAUUAGUUCAACAUUUUGAUGUUCCUGAUGGGUCAGCAGAUGAAGACGGUGUUGUUAGAUCUGAAUGGUUUAAGCAAUUGCGUUAAAUUAAAAUGGAAGAAUCUUAGGUGUAAUUGGUUAUAAUGUUGAAUUAUUUUAAUUAAAAUUUAAUCAUUUCUCUACAAUUAUCAGUAAUUUUCUUUAUGACUUCAUAAAAGAUUGAAAUUUAAUCAAUUUUCAAAGUCAGCAACUUUUGGUCAAAACAGAGUUAUUUCUUUUGUUUGGUGCUGAAGGCAGCGCUACAAUACUGAUAGCGUUAACCCUCCUACCUACUAAUGGUCUACUACAUUCCUCUUGCUGUCUUCUCAGAUACAACAUUUCAGCUAAGUUUUUAUUUUUAAUUUUAUAUUUGUAUUACUCUGUUUUAGUGUUUGCUGAAGAAGGCUUCUUUGCUGAAACAUCCAUUGUUUUGUCGCAUCCUUUUUUUUCAGUUUUUCCCUUAUCUUGUUUGACACAUUACCUUCUCCCAUACUUGAUUCUAAUCUCUCCCUCCCCUUAUUAUUAUUUUUUAUAAUAUGUGUUAUUUUAGUAAUUUUAUAGUAUUUCUUGUUUGCCACAGUUUAAAAUGUAAAACAUACAUUCAUUAACAUUCAGUUGUAUAAUUUAGUGCAUUUCUAUUUAAAAGUAUGCUGAUUAAUAAUCAAAUUUGGGGUAACCAAAUUAUCUAUUCUAUAUUUGUAAUAUUUCUGGCUUUUGAUUGUUUCAGCAACAGGCUCCAGGUUCUCAGAUAACUGCCGAACAGCAGAAAGAAAGACGUAAACAACAGAUCUCUAGACUACAGGAAGUUAAUACAAGACGAAGACUUGAUAAAGUGAGGUGUUUUUUUUUUCAUUAGUUAAUUAAUUUUCUUUUAAAUAUAGUUUUUCUUUUGACAAAUGACAACUGAAUUUUUGAAAAAAUUAAUCUUUUUAUAUUUGUUAUUUAUUAGUUACAAGCUGAUGAAGCUGAACUUCAGAAGUUGUUGGAAGUACAGGAACUGAUUGUAAUAGGAGAUGAUGAUGAUGCAUUCACUGUAGGUGCUUCAAAGAUUGGUUUGUGAAAACCUGUAUAUUAUGAUUUAAGCUAACAGAACUCACAUUACAAAUCUUAUUUAAAGAACAUUUUUAUACAAUUAUUGAUUAUGUUGAAGAUUCUGAAUUUUAUGAUCUCAGGCUGCCCUAGCAGAAGUGGGCUUACAGAGAGUUGAAGAUUUGCAAGAAUCUGUGGACAGAUUAUCUGCGAGCAUACAGAGGGCUAAAGCAAAAAUACUGGGACAAGAACCAGCACCAAUUGAGCAAGAUGUAUGUGAAUUAUUUUUCUUGAUUGAAAAAAAACCUGGAAUCUUCUCUGUAAUUAUGAUUUUGGCACAUGCUGUCAUGUCAUGUAUGUAACUACCAUAGUUUGCAGCAAAGUUCUUGAUUUUAAGACUUAAUGCAUUUUCCUAAUCAUGUCAGAAAAACAUGACUUGAGGAAAAAACAAAAAAACCAGCUGUACUAGAAAAUUUAUUGGAAAAGUUUAUAUAAUUUUUUUUUAAGUGACAGACAAAUUUCAAUAAUUAAAAUAGUUUUAAAUGUGUUCAUCCUUCAGUUUCUCUAUAUUUGAUUUAUAAACAGAGCAAAGAACCCUCAUUUCCACUCCUAGACAUUCCAGAUGAAAUGCUGACUCCAGAUCAACUUGCCAUAAAAAAACGUCAGAAAAUACUUAAAAGUGCCAGAGAAGGGAGAAAGAAAGCACUGGCUCUUCAGAGAGAAAAAAGAUUGAAGGUUUUUGAUAAUUUUUUUUCUUUAACUGCGUUAUUCUGGUGCUUUAAAAAUUUUUAAGAAAAUUAACUGGCUGUUUAAAAUUAAAGGCAAUGUAACAUUUUUAUUUUGAGAAUUCUUAUAAAUAUUAACAUAAUGACUUUGAUCUGUAUUUAUUUUUCUAAAUAUUUGUCUGAUGUAAAUUUAGGAGUGGGAAGAAGAAAAGAAACUGGAAGAGAGAAGGAGAGUUGAUUUCAGUGGUUGGUUGACUGAAGUCAGAGCAAAACGUCAGGUUUGUAAAUGUAACAUAAACUUAAACAUUCUUUAGAGGUCAGCAAGUGGCAGAUUUGGAAUUGAGAUUGAAUUUAAAUGGUAUGGUGAAUAAUAAAAUCUUUUUUUUUUAUGAAUAUUAAAAAGCAACUUAUAAGGUAAACUUGGCUUACUGAAUGAAUUAGAAAACCUACUUUGAUACUAUAUUACCAAAUGGUUUGCCACCAGAAUUUCAGCAAUUUAUAUUUAAAACCUUUCAGUUUAAGUAAUGGAAGUCUUUCAUAUUUGUUAAUGCUUGGCAUAUAUCUUUAUUAUGCCUUUCAAUAUUGACAUAUCUUGCAUAUAGAAAAUCCUAGAUGCCCGAAAUGCCAGGAGACAAAAAAAGGCUGACAUGACAAAAAGAAGAACAUUUGCAUCACAGCAGAGAAUGAGAAUAAUUUCACAGUUGGCUGCACGUGAGUUUUUAUUUCAUUGUCUUUUUCUUCUGGUUUUAAUCUAUCAUUUGUAUUGGCCUAUACCAGUGGUCCUCAAACUUUUUAUCAAGGGGUUGGUUCACGGAACUUGAGUCACAUUCGAGGCCGGUUCACUGUUCCUCAGACACUGUUGGGGAGACUGGAUUAUAUUUGAAAACAAUACAAACUUAUUACUAUGCACACUGCACAUAUAUCUUAUUUGUAACAAAAAUAAAUCAGGAACAAUACAAUAUUUAAUAUGAACAAUUUAAUCAACAUAAACAUUUUAGUAAAUGAAUGGUAAGUAUGGGCCUGAUUUUUACAGAUCCAUAUUUGUUGGGCCAGGCUUAGGUCCCUUGGUGGGCCAGAUCUGGCCUGUGGGCCAUAGUUUGAGGACACCUGGCCUAUACAGCAAGUUGAUAAUGUGUUAAACAGUCACCUUUAAUAAAAAUGACUUGUUAAAAUUGAUCUUGAGUCCUUUUGCAUUUGAUAAAGAUAGAAGUCUUUGUUAUGUUUCAGCUAAUCUUGAAAUAUGUCGCAACUUAUGUAUUAUACAUCUCAAAUUACUCACAAACUCAACAUGUAUUUUCUGACCAUUAGAGCCAUCAAAAAAGGGAGACAACUUUGGUCAAAAUGAUGCAGAUUGGGAUGUGUACAAAGAAAUAGUAAGUUUUUCCAUCAAUAUUAUUGAUUUAUUUAGAGAUUUACUCCGCUUUGCACGUAGACUGCCAUAAAGAAAUUUUACUGUCUGCGCCCAGCUGUCAUCUACAGGUAUCCCACUUUGCCUUUUUCUAAGGUAUUCAAAUUGAUGACUCACCUGGUUUAUAUUUUAAUUGCUUUUUUAUAUUUUAAUAAGCCAUUGUUUUGAUUGGCUGCUGAGUCUGCAAUAAGGUUUCAAGGCAUUUCAGUUUCAGCUCACCACUCAUAGAAGUCAUCUAAAAUUUUUGACCCAUCUAAUAUUGUUUAGUUAAGUAAGAAUAAAUAAGAUGAUUUAUUUAUUUAGUGGAAUUAAAAGUGAAAAAGAUGACAAUUCAAUGCAACAAUGAUAAAGGAAAAAAAAUAUGAAUGCUGGAUGAAUAUGAAUGAAGUCACAGGUGAAUGGAUGGCAGUUAUAUCAAAGUGUUGUCAGCCGUUGGGGCUCAAUCACAGGGCAUUUCCUUAAAGUCAGAUAUCCUGGGUCGUAUCCGGAAAUUUGAUCGUAAGAAAUUUCGUCGACGGUAAAUUGGUCGACGGUAAUAUGAUCGAACGGAAAUUUGGUUGAAUCUUAUUUUCUAUUUUUACGUUACAGUUUUGCAUCAAAUUUCGUUUUGGACGAAUUAUUUUGUUUUACUAAAUAGUAUAGUACGUUCAAAAAGAAAUUUGACGAAAAUUUUAACGUGCGAACGGAAAAAAAAGAUUCGACCAAAUUUCCGUUCGAUCAAAUUACCGUCGAUCAAUUUACCGUCGACGAAAUUUCUUUCGAUCAAAUUUCCGGUAACCAUCCUAGGUGUAUACUUAAUUACCAGGUUAAACUGUAGCAUAUUUUUAACAAAAUCUGUUUAUUUCAAGAUAGUAUAACAUAUGCUAUAUAUAGUUUAUUGUGUUUAACUUUAUUUUUAUUUAUUCAUUUCAAUUAUUAAUAUUAUUAGAAAUAAAAGGCUUCAAAAUGAUCGUUUGUUUGUUAUUAAGAACAAAUAAUUAAAUUUAGAAGCCAAACUUUUCUCAGCCUUGAAUAAUAGAGAAGUUCAUAUUAUCUUUUAUAAUUAUCUUUGUCCUUAUCAACUCCUUGCUUAUUUUUGUUGUUAAAUAUUUUAUUUCUCAUUAUGGGUAUUAAAAAAAAUUAAAAUAAAAUAAUAUUUGAAUGAGAAAUAAAAUAUUCAAAUUCAACAAACUAAAAUUUUAAAAAUUAAAAUAAAUAUUUUUGAAUGUUACUGACAUCAUAAGAGAUGUAAUAACACUAUGUCAGAAGAUGUAUUUUGAUCUCAUUUACAGAACAGAGAGGGUGGCACAAGUGACUCUGAUGCAGAAGAAGAAAAAUUAGAAGAACUUGAGACAAUUCUGAAAGAGCAUGAUCCAGAGUUUCAAAAGUAAACAAUUCUAACUUUAAACUGGUUUAUUCUUUUUAAAUUAAUAAUUGAAUAUUUACUGAAAUCAAUUUUAAUUUAGUUUACAUGUUUUUACUAAUUGUAAAGCGCUUAGAGCUUUAUGGUAAGCGCUAUAUAAAAAUGCCUAAAUAAAUAAAUUGUUGUUCAACUAAACGAAAUUUAACUCCAAGACCCACACAUCGGUUGGCAGUGGUGAAGCAAGUGAAAGCCCUCCAUGGGAUGUAGCACUACACAGGUGGGCAACAGACCACAGCUCUCUCACCUAAAAUCAUUAUAUUGUAGUUAUAGGUUGUUAUAUAGUUUGGUACAUGACCUACAUUUUCAGCUAUUUAAUAUAGUAAGAUCAUUUCUAACUGUAUUGUAUUGUUUUAUUUGGACCAGGGACCUUGACAUGGGUGGACUUUCAGGGGAAUUUGAUCUGGCUGAAUAUUACAGACUUCAUCUGGGGGUGGAGAGAAUAAGGUAAGCACUGUUGGGCUAAAUAAUUACAGCGAACGUCAUUGCAUGUUCUAAGGACUAUUUUUAGUAACUUAUUACUAAUAACACUUUUGUUUUGAAACUAUUGUGUUUUCUAGCAUUUUAAUCCCUGAAUAAUUAUUAAUGAUAUCACUACGACCACUUGACUUACAUUCCAGGGUCCCAGAGCUCCUGUUCCAGCCUUCUAUGCUGGGUCUUGAACAAGCAGGACUGAGUGAAACCAUGGAGUUUAUAUUGGGGAAAUUAGAACCAAGCAAGCAAAGUAGAGUUGUUCAGGUGAGGAAUCUUGGGAAAUCAUGAUUAGCCUGUAUUUAUUCCUAUUGCAAAUUCAUUUUUAUUGUAUUCUCCAUUCUUAUUUUAGCAAUUAUAUAUAAAAUCGAAUUAUGUUAUGUUGUUAUAACGUUGCUUUGUUAUAUUGACAUUUGAUACCUUUGUGGACUUUUGUUAUUUUGGCCACAACCCUUAGUUUUUUUAAUUUUUUCAUUUCCAAAUAUUUUAACAUAUUUACUUGACAUGUACGUUUUUUUUAAAUUUAUUUCCCAGCAUGUUUACCUAACAGGAGGAAAUGCCAACUUGUUUAAUUUCAAAGAUAGGAUCGACAGGGAACUUCUGCAGAUGAGACCCUUUCAUAGUUCUUACAAGAUAUUCUCUGCCGGUUAGUGUUAAUAUUUAAUAAUCAAUCACAUUUAACCCAUUCAACCCUAGUUGAUGAGAAAGGUUAGCUUGUCAAUACCCAGCUAAAAGGAAAAAACUUGGUGUAUAGCAUAAAUUGGUUCAGUUCAUUUAUUUAAUAUAUAUAUAAGCCUAUUUGUUUUUAUACACAUGCCAGUGUCAUGAUGAAUAUUUGUGACCCAUGUUUCAUUCACAGCUAACCCGAGCCUGGAUGCCUGGAAUGGUGCCCGCAAGUUUGCCUUGUCUCCUUAUUUCACCAGCAGCUCCAUCACAAGGAAGGACUAUGAUGAAAUGGGGGAGGGGUACUUACGAGAACAUAUUGCAUCCAACAAAUACUAUCCCACUCCAGUUAUUCCCCUACCUUAGACUACUGAACAAUAUAAACAGGACAUAUAGAACUCUAAACAUGACAACAUUUUUUAAUAAUUAUAAUUAAAAAUAUGGAGAAAAAAAUGUCAAUGUUUUUGAUAAGUGUUUUGGUUCUGAUGGACAAAAUAUCCCCUGGGAUAUCUUUAAAUGUUCAAAUAUUUUGAUGCUGACCUCUGGCUGACCAAUCAAUGCCUGACUUCUCAGUCUGUACUGAAAUAAUCCAAGUGUAGGGAAAAUGCAGUCCUCAAAAUCACUUUGGGUAGAACGCAAUUAGUGUAAGACCUUGUAAUUUAUGAACAAAAAAAUAAUAUGGAACAAAAUAUUUACCUAUGGACAAAUUAACAGGUUAGAAAUUAGAAGCAUGACAAUUUGGCUCUCACAAAAAAAAAUUGUCCAACCUUUAGACCAACUAAAAUAAUUUUGUGGUUUGGGGUCGUCACAACGUGAGGAACUGUAUUAAAGGAUCGUGGCAAUGGGAAGGUUGAGAAACACUGAUCUAGAAGAAACUUAAAUGUGUUAUAAUUUUUACAAAUAUUUUCUGCACAGAAUUUUCAAGAAAUUGUAAAUUAUUUUCUACUUUUUAUUUGUUUAACUUGCUUUCAUUAAUAGAAAGUAUGUAUUAAAAAGUUUUCAAAAUAA